AACAGCUGGAAACGUCUCCAUAGACUUCCAUUUAAUUUAGUUUCCUCUUCUACCGUUUUACAUAACAUAAGUAUUUGGUUUCCAGAACGAUGUCAAGCGAAGACGGCUCCCAAGAUCACCAACAUCAACAACCACAAUACUAUCAACAAUCUUCUGGGAAUAUCAUGGAGGGGAGUUAUGGUACAGUUGUGGAAGUAGGAUGGUAUAUUCUUGGUGAAAAUCAACAACACAUUGGACCUUAUGCAUCUUCUGAGCUGCGUGAGCAUUUCUUAAAUGGAUACAUCUCACAAAGUACACUCGUAUGGUCGGAAGGAAGAACCAUAUGGCAACCAUUGUCAUCAGUACCUGAAUUGAUAUCAGGAAUUUCUGAUCAGGGAGCUGAUUCUACAAUAGCAGCACCUGCCAAAAAUGAUGAUGAGUCGGAAAAGUGGCAUGAAGUAAGAGAGGAGGCAAAGGGAAGCGCCAUUGGUCUUGAAAAAGGAUCUCCUUCGAGCAAUAAAGAGCAACCUAUUCGUUCUUCUGCGGUGCCCUCCAAUGAUGAUGAUGCUGAGUUUGAGAAAUGGCAGAGGGAGAUUAUAGGGGCAGAGAUUGACGCUGAGCAGCUGAAAAAUGAGUCUCUUUCUAGCAGUGUUGGUGGUGACAUUGAUAUAGAUGAUCCCGACAGAGUUCUAUCUCCACCAGAUGGUGAGGAGGAAUUUACGGAUGAUGAUGGGACUACAUACAAGUGGGAUAGAGGUCUUAGAGCAUGGGUUCCUCAGGAUAACAUGUCAAGCAUGAGCUGGCAGUAUGGGGUACAAGAAAUGACCUUCUUGAAAGACGAGGAAGUUUUCCCAACUGUAAAUAUAGCGGAUGCAGCUUCAAAGGAAGAAGUUAAUGGUACUGGUGAAACUCUGUAUUCAAAACAUAAUGGAAAGAGGAAACUAGAGGACUUGGAAGCUGAUAAGACGGACAAGCAAGCAGACAAACAGGACAAGCAAGCUGAUAAGGAAGCCAAUAAAGCCCCUGAUAGUUGGUUUGAAUUGAAAGUUAACACACAUGUUUAUGUAACUGGGUUGCCUGAUGAUGUCACGGCCGAAGAAGUGGUUGAGGUAUUUUCCAAGUGUGGGAUAAUCAGAGAGGAUCCUGAAACGAAAAAGCCUCGCGUGAAGAUCUAUGUUGACAAAGAGACGAGAAGAAUAAAGGGAGAUGCAUUAGUUACAUAUUUGAAGGAACCAUCAGUUGAUUUGGCUAUGCAAAUUUUGGAUGGGACACCUUUACGUCCUGGUGGCACAGUCCCUAUGACAGUCAGCCAAGCCAAGUUUGAGCAGAAGGGCGAUAGAUUUAUACCCAAAAAGGUAGAUAAAAAGAAGAAAAAGAAGCUUAAGCAGGUUGAGGAGAAGAUACUUGGUUGGGGUGGCCUUGAUGAUAAGAAGGUGUCAAUUCCAGCUACUGUUGUUCUCCGUUACAUGUUUACUCCUGUUGAAAUGAGGGCUGAUGAGAAUUUACGUUCAGAACUGGAGUUGGAUGUUAAAGAGGAAUGUGUGAAACUUGGUCCUGUUGAUUCAGUCAAGGUCUGUGAGAAUCAUCCUCAGGGUGUGGUGUUGGUAAAAUUCAAGGACAGGAAAGAUGCUCGAAAGUGCAUAGAAUUAAUGAAUGGGCGAUGGUUCGGUGGUAGACAGAUUAAUGCUAGUGAGGAUGAUGGAUUAGUUAAUCAUACUUUGGUCCGGGAUUUUGACAAUGAUGCUGAAAGACUGGAGCAAUUUGGAGCCGAACUCGAAGCUGACUAGGUUAAUAUUUACAUCACAAUGGCACUGAAUGUAUUUUUCUAUUGCCAUAUUUUGUGUUGAAAUACUUGAUUAUCUGGAUUUAGAGAUGGUUAAAAUGGGAAAAAUGAAAAGCUUCUGGUGUCAAGUCCCUUGUGUAAAUUAUAGAUUAAAGGAUUGUGUGAGUUAUUUUGAUUUUUUUUUUCUUGUAAAUGAUUUAUUUCAAAUGGAUGCAUCAAGAUUCAAAUUUGAGAUCUUAUAGUCAUAAACAUAAUUUUAAUAUUUACAAAGA